AUGAAUACGGUCCGGAUUUUAAUACGUAUAACACUGUAUAAAAUUGCAGCUUUUUGUUUCAGACUCCAAUGUUUGACCGCGCAUGACUUAAAGCUGUCACAUUUUCCGAGAUCGCUGUUUCCUCAGGCAAUAGCGGGUCACAUUUCUGCUGCUUCUCGAGUAGUAUCUGACUUAGUGAUCCUUCUUGGAUUAAUCGUCAUCAAUAGUGUGUUACAGAAUAUUGAACCAUAUCAUUGGGGAUAUUUUCCUCAAGAUGAGUCAAUAAAGAAACCUUAUAAAUCAUCCACCAUUCCAAGUUAUGUUCUUUAUAUAGUAUCUUCAUUACUUAUAGUCAUUACGAUAGUCAUAGGUGAACUGGCUUUCGGUGCUAAAACUUUAAAGACAACUCGUAGAAAGAUUCCUGUGAUAUUGUACCCAAUAUAUGAUUCUCUCAUCGUUGCCUUUUUUGGUUAUUUUGCUACUAUCAGCCUUACGGAUGUUGGAAAGGUUGCUUUUGGUCGCCUGCGUCCAAACUUCAUUGACGCUUGCCAACCAUAUGAUCUUGUAAAUACGACUUUAGGUUUUGUAGCGCAAUACUCCUGUGUAAAUAGUAAUCCUAGACCACUGAGGAAAUCUUUUCCAUCUGGACACACCUCCGUCGCUAUAUAUAGUGCUGCAUUCCUAUGCCUUUAUGUACAGUUACGAUUUGCACGCUAUCGUGUUUUUCCUGGAGUCAGAAUAAUAUGUCAAAUGAUAUUCAUUGCUCUGGGAUUGGUGGUCGGUUACUCACGUAUCAUAGAUAAUAAACAUCAUUGGAGCGAUGUGCUUAUGGGUGGGAUAUUAGGAUUUCUCUUAGCAUUCAGUACGCUGUUCUAUCUACCAUAUUCUGGCGAUGGCACGGGUUCCCUACCUGUCUGCAGAGAUGGAGAUGAUACCAAACAUUUUCCCUUCAGUAUGUGUUCUCAAUAUGGAUCGAUAGGUAGAUAUAAACACACAUUAGGGAAGAAGGUUACGAAUGUGGAACUUCAGCUUUUAGUCCCGACAAGAUUUUGCGAUAGUCGGUAUCGUAUUGAUUAUUAAUGAUGCUCAACUCCUGAACAAAAUAAACUGCUGAAAGUACACUCGUGUAUUCAUUUCGCUCAUAUAUAUACAUAUAUAUUUCCUUUUUUAUUACCUUCAGUUUCGUUAAAAACUUUUUUCUUGUUUUCUAUUUUUAACUGAGAUUUAUUAAUCUCUUGUUUUUAUGACAGUAGCUUCAAUCCAGUGCUGUGUGUGUUUCAUAUGGCAUUAUUGACAGAGAGAGAGAAAAAAGUUUUUAUUACAGUAUAUGUAUUUAUUCUCUUCAGACAACAAAUUACAACGCAUAAUUGAUGCGAGAAUGAUUUUUUUAAAUACACGUGGUUACUGCUGUGCUUUUUUUUAUUCCUUCACGUUCCCAGUGGAACAUAG